AUGUCUCUACUCUGCGGGGGCUCCGUCCGCACCCUGGGAUCCCCGGUAUUGGGAAGAUAUUUAUGCAGCCUGGUCAGAACAUUAAGUUCUUUGCCAGAUAAAAAGAAGGAAUUUUUACAAAAUGGCCCAGACCUUCAAGACUUUUUAUCUGGUGAACUUGCUGACAAGAGUACCUGGAAUGAAUACAAAGGAAACUUAAAACGACAGAAAGGAGAAAGGUUAAGUCUCCCUCCAUGGCUAAAGACUGAAAUUCCCAUAGGGAAAAAUUACAACAAGCUGAAAAACACGCUACGGAAUUUAAAUCUUCAUACAGUGUGUGAGGAAGCGCGAUGUCCGAACAUUGGGGAGUGCUGGGGAGGUGGAGAGUAUGCCACGGCCACAGCCACAAUUAUGCUGAUGGGUGACACAUGCACGAGAGGUUGCAGAUUUUGUUCCGUUAAGACUGCGAGACAGCCCCCUCCACUGGAUGCCAACGAGCCCUACAAUACGGCAAAGGCAAUCGCCGAGUGGGGUCUGGAUUAUGUUGUCUUGACGUCUGUGGACAGAGAUGAUAUGCCUGAUGGAGGAGCUGGGCAUUUUGCAAAGACUGUGUCCUACCUAAAGGAAAGGAACCCAAAAAUCCUUGUAGAAUGUCUCACCCCUGAUUUCCGAGGAGACCUCAAAGCAAUAGAGCAAGUCGCUCAGUCGGGAUUGGAUGUGUACGCACAUAAUGUAGAGACGGUCCCAGAACUACAGAGGAAAGUUCGUGAUCCCCGGGCCAAUUUCGACCAGUCUCUACGUGUCCUGAAGCAUGCCAAGGAGGUCCAGCCUGGUGUUAUUUCUAAAACAUCUAUAAUGCUGGGUUUAGGGGAGACUGAUGAGCAAGUAUAUGCAACAAUGAAAGCACUUCGUGAAGCAGAUGUGGACUGUUUGACUUUAGGACAAUAUAUGCAGCCAACAAAGCGCCACCUUAAGGUUGAAGAAUACAUUACUCCCGAAAAGUUCAAAUACUGGGGAAAAGUUGGAAAUGAACUUGGCUUCCAUUACACUGCAAGUGGUCCUCUGGUGCGUUCUUCAUAUAAAGCAGGUGAAUUUUUCCUGAAAAAUCUCGUGGCCAAAAGAAGAUCAAAGGCCCUCUAA